CAAUAGUUUUAAAAAUGACACCCAUAGUUUCAUUUGGAGGGAGAUUCGAUUUCAGACUUUCAACCUCGAUAGCACGACCUAACGGUUUCCUCUCAUCUUUUUCUUCUCGGGAAGCUCCCUUUCCAUUUGAGAGGGACGAGUCCAGAGUUAGUGGCCUUGGAGUAGGAAAUUGGAAGAAGCAGCUGGUGGAGGAAAUAGAAUGAAUUUUGAAUUUCGCUUGAUUGGGUUUUUGAGUUUAGUGCCGGCGAACGUUCAACCGUUUUCAGGUCCUCUCGAUGUCUGCAAAGAGUCAUCUCAGCCUCUGUGAUUCUCCGAUUCUCAUCGACGAUGGCAGAAAGAGCUUUGCAUUGGAGAAAUGGACCGGGAGGAAAUGCUACAUGCUUUCUGCAAGGGACCUUACAAUUAUCUGGUCCAAUUCUCCAGAUUAUUGGAGAUGGUUACCCGACCCAGAUUCCAGCUUUUCGGAAGUGGCUGAGCUUAUUGAUGUUUUUUGGUUUGAAAUCAAUGGCGAAAUUAGUAUCCAGAUGUUUUCCCCAGAAAUAUCAUAUGCGGCGUACUCGGUGUUCAAAUUGAUAACAAGUGCUUAUGGGUUUGAAGGACAUCCAGCAGAGAUCACUGUAGAACUUGCUGGAAGUGAAAAGGAUAAGCGUAGUGGUUUUUUGGUUCCAGUAAGAGGACAGAGGCGCCAACACCAGACUUUAAGAAGGCUAACUGGUUUGUUUAACUGCAGCCGGGUUUCGGGUUCGCAACCCUCUGUGCCUCCCGGAAAAAGCUAUGGCAAAUACCCGAAAGAGAGAGUAGAUGGGUGGCUGGAGAUUGAAUUGGUUGAGUUCUGUAACAAGAAAGGCGGAGAUGGAAAAUUGAAGAUAUGUUUACGGGAGACAGGUGGUCGCCGGAAACGUGGUGUCAUUGUUCAAGGGAUAGAGAUUAGGCCGAAAGGAGAAAGCAAAAUUAAGCAAGCAAUCGCUAAGUCCUCCCUGAUGUCUGUCGACAGUCAUCUCAGCCUCUCUGAUUCUCCGAUUCUCAUCGACGAUGGCAAAAAGGUAAUUCUCACUCCCUUCUGCUCCUCCUCCAAUUCCUGCUUGUCAGAUUUGAGAACUGUAUCUUAUCAUGUCCUUUCCAUUAACAGAGCUUUGCAUUGGAGAAAUGGACAGGGAGGAAAUGCUACAUGCUUUCCGCAAGGGACCUUACACAUGUCUAGAGUAAUUCUCCAGAUUAUUGGAGAUGGAUUUUCAGAAGUGGCUGAGCUUAUUAGACAGCUUAUGGGUUUGAAAGCCAUUCUGCAGAGUUCAUUGUGGAACUUGCUGGAAGUAAAAAGGAUUAAGCGUAGUGUUUUUUUGGUUUCAGUAAGAGGACAGAGGCGGCAAUACCAAACUUUAAGAAGGCUAACUGGUUUGUUAAACUGCAGCCGGGUUUCGGGGUUGCAACCCUCCGUGGCUGCUGGAGAAAGCUAUGGCAAAUACCCGAAAGAGAGAGUAGAUGGGUGGCUGGAGAUUGAAUUGGGUGAGUUCAAUAGCGAGAACGGCGGAGAUGGAAAAUUGAAGAUAAAUUUACAAGUGAAAGGUGAUCACUGGAAAAGUCGUAUCAUUGUUCAAGGGAUAGAGAUUAGGCCAAAAGGAGAUUAAAAAAUUAAGCAAGCAAUUGCUAUUUGAAGGUUGGGGCAAAGACUAAUCGUUCCAGGAUUUUAUAUUAGUAUGUUGUAAUUUAUUAUAUUUUAUAUACAAAUAAUUAA